GCGGCCGUUCCCGGAACUUUCUUGGGCUUGCUUCGCAAGUCCGGACUUGUGCUGAGGCGUGAAGCGCUUAGGUUCCGCUAGGAAGCAUGGCUGGGGGCGAAGAAGCCGAGGGGUCCCCGGCCCCUCCAGCUUCGGCCGCGUCGCCCUCUCCAUCCAUCGUCCGUAAGAAGUACUUCUGCUCGUUCCCUGAUUGUAGCGCCACCUACAACAAGGCCUGGAAGCUGGACGCGCACCUGUGCAAGCACACGGGGGAGAGACCAUUUGUUUGUCAUUAUGAAGGCUGUGGCAAAGCAUUUAUCAGAGACUAUCAUCUGAGUCGCCAUGUGCUGAUACAUACUGGAGAGAAGCCAUUUGUUUGUACAGCUAUUGGCUGUGAUCAGAAAUUCAACACCAAAUCAAACUUGAAGAAACAUAUUGAUCGCAAACAUGAAAAUCAACAAAAACAAUAUGUAUGUGACUUUGAAGGGUGUAGCAAGUCUUUUAAGAAACACCAGCAGCUGAAAGUCCAUCAGUGCCAACACACUAAUGAACCACUAUUCAAAUGUAACAACGAAGGCUGUGGAAAACACUUUUCUUCCCCUGGACAUCUGAAACGACAUGAGAAGAUACAUGAAGGAUAUAUGUGUCGAAAGGAUUGUUCCUUUGUGGCAAAAACGUGGACAGAGCUACUGAAACACAUGAAAGAAACUCAUAAAGAGGAAAUAACAUGUGAUAUCUGUGGAAAAACCUUCAAACGCAAAGACUAUCUUAAGCAGCAUAAGAAAAUUCAUGCUCCAGAACGGGAGGUGUGCCGAUGCCCAAGAGAAGGCUGUGGCAGAUCAUACACAACUGUGUUCAAUCUUCAAAGCCAUAUUCUUUCUUUUCAUGAGGAACAGCGGCCAUUUAUUUGUGAGCAUGCUGGCUGUGGAAAGUCAUUUGCCAUGAAACAAAGUCUUACAAGACAUGCCGUUAUACAUGAUCCUGACAAAAGAAAAUUAAAGAUCAAAGUGAAACGACCCUCUGGAAAACGGAGCCUGGCCUCUCGCCUGAGUGGAUACAUUCCUCCCAAAAUUAAAGAAACAUUACCUAAAAAUGGCAAAUCAUCAGACUGCUUUGAAGAAAACAUGCUCUCAACUGUUGCAACACUGACUCUUGGCUAAACAUCACAUAUAUAGAUUUCUAUGUGGCUUUUUUUUUUUUUUUAUUAAAAAUAUUAUUUUCCUUUUGCCUUUGAUAGUUUUUCUUUAUUAAAAUAUCACUGCUGCAGAAUAUUUGA